GUUCCUUUGUUCACUUCUUUUCUUUUCUUUUAAAAAAAAAAUAUGGUAACUGUAUUUGAGUGUAGCUUACAUGGUCAUAUUAGCAAUAAGUUAAAAGCGAAACUAUUAGAUAGGUUAAUAGGAAUUUGUGGGACUCAUCCUUUUCCAUUUUUUGAACAUGAAAUUGGGUUUAUACCAACAACGCAAACUGCGGAAGGACCUCAACGAAAUGAGGAUGUUUUAUUAAGAAUAAAAUCACCAAUUGAAGAAAAUGAUUUAACCAAACGACAAUGGACAUUAUGUCAACUUGGACAUCCAGAAACAAGAGGUAGAACCGUUACAGUUAGACCUGUAUUAUAUUCAAAAAUUACAGUUGGUGAUGCACUUAAAUUUAUGACAGUGCUUGGAUACAGUUAUGCAUUCGAAUAUACAAAGAAGGGAAUUAUAUUUACAUAUCGUGAUAUUUUAAAAAUAAGUAUUACACAAAUCUUCAAGUUGGAAGUUCGGCAUGAUGUGUCGAAAUUAACACCGUUCGACCCAAAAGAAAAUUGGAUAGUAGAAGUGACGACUAUACCAGUACAACAAGAUCAAGUAGAUAAUUACUGCUCAGAAUUGAAAUUAUUUGAUGAUUCUUUGAAAGGCAUCUUGAACUUGUUUCAUGUUGAACAUUUAGUUUUACAAAAUAAAAUUCAUUAUUCCUAAAAUAUUAUAUUUUUUUGAUUUAAAUCUUUUUAAUGAUUUUACGAGAUAAGGAUAAGACUAGAGAUAAUUGAUAGACAAGUGUCUGUUAAACAAUUAAUAAAAAUGGG